UUAGUAUGUAAUUUAUCUUCAAUUAAAAUGGCUUCUCUCGAAAUAGAACUGGAUAGGGCAGAUAAGUACUAUGCGCCAGGAGAAAUGCUAGGAGGUACUUACAUAUACAAUGAUACCGUUGGUAUCCAACAUCAAGGGAUUGUUCUCAAUGUGAGUGGAUACCUAGACACCGUCUCAAUAAUCAGAGGUAAAUAUGGUCGUGGUCCACUCAAAGAGUCAGAGAGAAUUUAUUUCCUUAAAGAUAGAAAGGAGCUAACCUCUCCCGGCUUUUUGGAAGUCAAGAAAGAGAUUCCUUUUGAGUAUGAGCUCCAAAGCAACGUUCCUGGAGAAAAUCUUGUAGAAACUUAUGUAGGAGUAGAUUUUUCUAUUAUCUAUGAAUUUACAAUUACAGUUCUCAAAGGGUCGAAGGUAACUGAAAAGACAGAGCAGUUCUAUGUAGCUGUAAAAGGGCAAGGGCUUGAUGCAGAGCUUGGUAAGAAGGACAAUCCAAUUGAUUUCUGCAUUGAUCCAUCAUCUCUUGAUGGUAGUUCUAUCUCCUCAGUUCCAAAGUUCUUGUUUGAGGGUAAAAUUAAUUCAGCAAAUUGUUGCAUAACCGAGCCUUUUGACGGAACUAUCACUGUAAAGGAGUCAGAACUUGAAAUAAAAUCCCUUGAAGUCCAGUUAGUAAGAGUUGAGACCUUUGAAGGAAAGACUAAUGCUACAGAGGUUCAGAAUAUCCAGGUAGCAGAUGGUGAUGUUAUCAGGAACUUAGAGAUUCCUCUCUACAUGCUCUUCCCUAUUGUCUAUAGUUCACCCACUAUGAAGCAUAAGGAUUUUAAGAUUGAGUUCCAAGUUAAUAUCAUUGUUAUCUUCUUGAAUGGAUACCAACUCACUGAGAGCUUCGAGAUCAACAUUUAUAGAUAAAGCAUUUACCUUCAAUA